AAAUCCACCCACAUACACUCAUUUAACCAGCGCCGGAGCAGACAAACGCCUCCUGCACCUCCACCUAACAACAUCAGUCCUGCGUCCUAGUUUUGAGACACCAUAUCUGGAACCAAAACUAUUUCAUUCGAAGGAAAUACAUGUGGACUUUUAUGAGAGAAUAACGGAUCUGCUUUUUAUUUUUAUAUUAAACAUAUAUAUACAUUUAAAUCUACCCUAUUCUUACAUCAGUAAGACAUAUUAAUAGGGUAAAAUGGAAAGGAUUACCAGUGCUCAGCCUCCUCCAUGUAUGGCCAAACACGGCUCGCUGGAUAUCUCGGACAUGCAAGGAAUGGACUUUCCCAUGUACGUGUAUAAACCCCGGCGGGGAAUGAAGCGCAGUGAGGACAGCAAGGAUACGUACAAAUUGCCUCAUCGGUUGAUCGAGAAGAAAAGGAGAGACAGAAUAAACGAGUGCAUCGCGCAGUUGAAGGAUCUGCUGCCCGAACACCUUAAACUCACUACUCUGGGACACUUGGAGAAGGCUGUAGUGUUGGAGCUCACGCUCAAGCAUGUGAAAGCUCUUAACAACCUCCUGGAGCAGCAGCAGCAGAAGAUCAUUUCCUUGCAGAAUGGAAUGCAAAUCGGUGAACAGGGCAGUGGGCACUCAGAAAACAGCGAGGAGAUAUUCCGUUCUGGGUUCCACUUGUGUGCCAAGGAGGUUCUACAGUUCCUGGCCAACCAGGAGACCGUGCAUGACAUGACGCCUUCUCACAUAAUCAACCACCUUCAAAAAGUGGCGUCUGAGUUAAUUCAAAGCCCACCAAGCCCUCGUCUGGAUGAGCCCACUCCCAAAGCUCAAGAAAGCAGGGAGAAACCGGCAAGCCCACAACCGAAAGCAGCAGAGGGCCAUGCUAAAAACUGUGUUCCUGUUAUACAAAGGACUUAUCCACAUAGCAGUGAGCAAAGUGGGAGCGAUACGGAUACUGACAGCGGCUAUGGGGGCGAGCUCGAGAAGCGGGAACUGAAAGCCCAGCGGCCAAUCUACUACGGCAAAGAUGCUGGAGAUCUCAAGUACAACAGCAGCAUUAAAGAAGAGCUGGAUGAGCCACAGGCCAAGCGGCAGAGGUCCGACUCUUCAGAAGAUGAAUCUCUGUCGGGGCACGAUGUGGUGGGUGGCCACAGCCCCUACAUGAGCUUUUCUCCACACCAGCCCCUUUGCAUGCCCUUCUACCUCCUUCCACCUGGAGCAACCGCCGCAUACUUGCCCAUGCUGGAGAAGUGCUGGUACCCAGGAAACAUGCCCAUAUUGUACCCAGGCCUCGGCGGCUCCCCGGUGGGUAUGUCUCCUGAGAAACUCCCAUCGUCCUUGGUCAUGUCCUCAAGAGUGGGCUCCCCCAUCACCACUCCGAGCUCCAUGGACUCACCUGCACUCCUGCAGGCCCUGAAACAAGUCCCACCAUUAAACCUGGAAACUAAAGACUGAGGACUCCCUCUGGGGUCCGCCGAUAGCCUGCUCUCUGAAUGUCUGGGUCUUGAGAGUGGACUCCCCUGCUGCAUAAGCUCCCGAAAAGGGUUCGGUUGAAGAGGGCACGAAGGCAAAGUUCAAAGAAGCGCCCUCAAGUAUGGCGAACAGCUGUUCUGAUUCCUUUCAGACGUACGACAGCCUCCCUUAAACCGUAGAGACAAACACACACACACACACACGCUCUUAUCAACUCCCUCCACAACCAGCAGACACACACCUAGAGAUGGAACGGUCCGCGUGAACGCAGACGGGUAAAGGAGGCCCCGUGCAAAGCACUGUGAGACACUGUGAAGAAAGUCAAAAUGAGGACAGUGAGCUCUGUCCUUCCAGAGAAGGGACCUGGGGUGGGCGAACGGCUGCUCUCUGCACUUAUGCCGAAUGUCAAGUCGAAAACAAUACAAAACAAUAAACCAGAAUGUGACGUGCAGACGGUCCCCCAACGAUAAGGACUUUGCCCUUUGCACAAGCACCUUUUCAUUUGUUGAAUGUAAAUGAAAAAGUCAUUUUUGUAACAAACCCACCCCUGUAGAUGCUGCUUUUUUGGACAUUUCUCUGUGCGUGGAUGCUUGAUCAGGAAGCUCCACUCUCUUCUGCUUCUGUGACUGCUUUAACCGAUAAGAACCGUCCUUUUAGACUAGAGUGACACCAAAUAAAUGUCUUUGCUUUUGUUGACCGGAGCGCACGCGCGUGCACGUUUGUCAUCUCGUGCUGACCUUUGUCUCCUGAGACGUGACGCUCGUGUAAAUACGGGAGUCAUGUAAUCACGUCUCCGCUGUAGCUUUUGAGUUUCUCAUCCAUUCGUGCACGUAGGUGAAGUUGCUGUGAGGUAACUGUGUUGUGUAAUUAUUUUGUUUAUACUACUUGUACAUCUGUAUUUUUGAUACGUGACCCACACUUAAGUUCACGAGUUUUAGACAGCCGAGCGCUGUGUGCCAUGAGAUUGUGUACAUAGCUUCGGACCUAGACUCGAUCUGCAUCAUGUUCUGUGUUCAUUUCUGGUCAAAUUAUGACAGAUCUUUGUUCAUCCUGUUGCCUUUACCUAUUUAAAGCAGUAAACACGAUGGCGGAUAUCUACAGAAUCCUGGAUUCUACAUAGAAGCAAAAGAAAGUGAAUGUAAUGUUGAAAAAAAUAUAAUAGUUUUGUAUAGGAAGAGGUACUUUUUAUUUUGGGACCUAGAGAAGGUUGCUUGAUGUAUAUAUUUUGUCUAAAGUAUUGUUGACAUAUUAAAGAAAAAGUAUUAAUAAACUUUUUUUUUCCUGUGGAAA